AUUUAUACAAACAAGUAUUGUUUCAUUGCCUCGUACAAGCAAUUAGCAAGUCACUGAUGAAGAUGUCGACCCAAAUCCGUGCGCUCUUGCUGCUACUAUCGGCUUCAUGCCUCGCCUCAGUUACGCUUGCCGCCACUGGAACUGCUACUUUCUACUACGCCGUUGGAAUCGGAGCAUGUGGCACCAACCUUAACGGCGGCAACGUGGCGGCGGCCUGCGGCGGGCUUUGGGAGAAUGGAGCGGCAUGUAAUAAAAAGUACAGCGUUACGUGCACUGGAGGACCUUGCAAGAGCGGCAGCGUCACCGUCACCAUCUUGGAUCGCUGCUCGUCGUCUGACACCUUGGAUCUCUCUUCUGAUGCCUUCGCGGUCAUCGCCGACCCGGCAGCCGGAAGAAUCAAUAUUGAGUACAAUCAGGUUUGAAGCUCUUGAAGAAUAUAUAACGAAAGCUAGCUAGCUGCCAUGAAUAAACUCUCCUUUUUGCUAGUAAGUGAUGAGGAGGAGAUAAGAGAGAUGGGCCUGUGGUGUCAAAAUUGAGAGUUCUCAAUAAAUUAUCAUGAAUGGUGUCUCUUGUACCAGAAAAAUAAUGAAAAUCAUAUUUUAUAUA